AUGAAGAGAUGUUUGGAAGACCCAACAAAUCAAAGCAGCAAACGUUUCUACGAUGCUUUCUUGAACAAGAGUGAAGCGAACUGGGACGAGGUCUAUGAAGGCUACACUGCCGCUGCAGAUUGGACCGCUGCUCAUUUUUACAAGGAUCUUUUGUUCAGAUAUCCCAACGCAAAAGUUGUUUUAACUGAGCGUCCUUUUGAGGACUGGUACAAAUCAAUGAAGAACACCAUCUACCCUGCUAUUCGUAACGGAAAGAAGCUGCAGCCAGGCCAUCCCCACUAUGAAUUCAGAGAACUCAAUCGACAGAUAAUUUUGGAUGGGUACAUUGAAGACGAUGAAAAGUUUUUGGACGAGGAGUUCAUGCGCAACUAUUAUGACAAUCACAUCAAACAAGUCAAGGAAGUAGUUCCUGCAACUCAAUUGUAUUCCUUCAAGCUGGGCGAGGGAUGGGAGGGACUUUGCAAAUUCCUUGGUAAAAGUGUGCCUGAAGAGCCUUAUCCCAACGUCAACUCCACAGCUCACUUCCAACAGAGAUUCAUAAAGAAGUCUAAUGAAACCCCUUCUGAGCAGAAUGUUGGAGAUGCUUAA